AAGUUUCUAAUAAAACCCUUUUCAUCUCCCUUCGCCCUCAUUUCUGCUCUUACAUCGACACCCCUGCGCCGCCGCACUCUUCCGCAACUACAAUGGCGUCAGAGAGGAAGCUAGCUAAUCCAAUGAGGGAGAUUAAGGUUCAGAAACUGGUUCUGAACAUCUCCGUUGGUGAAAGUGGUGAUCGUCUCACUCGUGCUGCUAAGGUUUUGGAGCAACUCAGUGGCCAAUCCCCUGUCUUUUCCAAGGCAAGGUACACUGUGAGGUCUUUUGGUAUCAGGCGUAAUGAAAAGAUUGCAUGCUAUGUCACUGUUAGAGGAGACAAAGCAAUGCAGCUUUUGGAGAGUGGAUUGAAGGUUAAGGAAUAUGAACUUUUGAGGCGUAAUUUCAGUGACACUGGUUGCUUUGGAUUUGGUAUCCAGGAGCACAUUGAUCUUGGUAUCAAAUAUGAUCCCUCAACUGGAAUCUAUGGAAUGGAUUUCUUUGUGGUUCUUGAAAGGCCAGGAUACCGUGUGGGAAGACGCCGGAGGUGCAAGGCGCGUGUUGGGAUCCAACACAGAGUUACAAAGGAUGAUGCAAUGAAGUGGUUUCAGGUUAAGUAUGAAGGAGUUAUCCUCAACAAAUCCCAACAAAUUGGAGCAUAAUAAAAUUCAACAGAUUUUCUUAUAUCCUCUCCAUUUUGUCUUUUUCAAUCCGGCUAUUUAUGGUGUUGUUUUUUAUUUGGUUAUGUUAUGGUAGUAGUUGUUUUAGGCAGGAAGUUAUGCAAACUCCUUUUCAUUUUCCUCAAAUGUUUUCUACAAGAUUCUUGAGAUAAUGUUUUAAUUUUGGUGUCGUUAACACAAAAA